CCCGAGUUGUUCACCGGCUGGCGGCGUAUACGCAGGCACAUCCUUUUCUUGUAGGCGUACACUUGCAUUCCUUCGUUUUCUAUAUAUUCUCGGGCGUAUCUCAGUAUCCCUCCACUGCCAACGACGAGGCCUGAAACAAGUGAGUGCUAUCUCAGCACCCGCCAGCAGCGAAGCCGAAGCGCAACGUAGUUAGUGUCUUUGCAAUGUCGCAAGGGCAGACGUAUCACCUGAGCCAGCGCGCCAUGGACGGGCAACAAUACGGAGCUGGGCACACUUUCGGCGGUGGGGACGAAGAUAACAUGAACGCUCUAUACGAUCUGGUCAACGGAGGCAACGCCGGCGCUUUCGAGACUGCGCUUUCGACGUCGUUAGGAGGCAACUCCGGCUUCCAUCAAACACCACCACGGCAGCAGCAACAACAACAGCCACAGACUCCGAACUCUGACCACUUCCAGCAAAACCUGCCGGAGGCGUUUCCCGUGCCCAGUUCCAUCAUCUCAAACUGGCUCGACAAUGGCGAGGAGGGAUUCGAGCCCAUGGAUGGCGGAGACGGUGGGAAUGGUGGCAUCGAACACUCUUGGUCUUCCGUACCUCACGAGUUCAUGUCGUAUCGGGAGCCACAGGAAAUGAUGGUUCAGUCACCGCACCUGAUCAUGCAAAACCCGCAUUUGCUAGGUGAACACCAACAACAGCAUUCGCCGUUGCAGCAACAUAUUUCGCACUAUCCCUACGAUGCCCAAGACUCCCCACUUCUUUCCCAGUCCCCUGGACUUACUUCGCCGUUCCCUAUCGAGUCCCUGAACGUUGCAACAGCCCAGUUAUCCGUGAAUGAUCAUCAGCAGCAACAUCAGUUUCAGCAGCAGCAGCAGCAACAAUCACAGCAGUCCCCCACGGCACAGCUGCAACAAUCGGCUACCAUGCACAUGCGCAACCGCUCGUACUCCGAAAGUGCGGGCUCAAUGACUUACAGGCAACAGCAGCAGCAACAACAGCAUCAGCUUCAGCAGCAACACAACUCACCUCAGGGUAUGGCGUACCUAAGUAUGGGGGGAUCAGGGAUGGCUCAGCGAUCCAUGUACGAACAGCCGUCGCCUCUCGUUUCCGCGAUGGUGUUGCCUCCCACAUACCCGGUGUCUCCGUACGACAACCAAUAUCAAUCACAACUCAACGACCAUUUCUCGUCGAUGCAUCAGCCCAAUAGUGCAUACGCCUUGAUGAUGCAUAGUCCGCAAGGGUCCAUGACUCCUGGAUUGCCGCAUGUUCAAAUCGGCGCGGGCCCAUCGGGCCCAUCCCCCAAUGCGAUAACGAAGCGUCCGCGUGCCAACACUUUACCCUCCUCAUUGAGCAGUCCGUCGUCUGCAACGUCUCCCGGAUCAAUCACGAUGAAGACCAAGCGUCACGACCUGCAUGCGCCUUACAAGAAAUCAUCACCUCAUAGCUUGACGACGCGCCUCAGUAACCGAGAGCUGAGCAUGUUCCGUCCAACAGCACCCUCGUCGAGAUCUCCAGUCUCGACCCCAGUCAACGACGCACUUAAGACCCAAGUCAAUCUUUUGAAAGCUCAAUCCUCCUCCGGCAGCAUGGCACCGCCUCCAUCACCCUCGCCCGGCACUCCCGGGAGCGGUGGGAAACUCAGCGCCAUCCCGUUGCUUCCUUUAGCGCCAAUGCCGAAGAAGGAGCAGCCCGUCGGCCCUCCAUUAAGCCAAGACGAACAAUACGAGAAGCUGGACGCGGAUCUUCUCCGAGCCGACUUUGACGACAUCACAGUGUCAGAGCUCAAAGAUAUGCUUCGAGCUCGCGGACUACAAUCGUCGGGAAAGAAGGCCGUCUUGGUGGAGCGCCUGAAGGACGAAAUCAAGUUGGUGCAUUUGCGCAAGGAAGGCAAGCUGAAACCGGAAGAGGACCCUCGACACCCUCUGUUCCAUCAACUACGGCAAAUGAUGCAGCUGCGACAGUUGCAGCUCUUCCACCAGAGCAUGAUGAACUCGGAAGCCAACGCGGUCGCAGCGCAGGCGGGAUCGCCGUACAUGCAAACGCAGGCAGGAUAUGAUCCGUCCCACGGCUCUCAUCCGUCUCCGCUGUCCGCAGACAGCACCGAUAUGGAAGGUCAGCAAGGGAAAUCGCAUCCUGCCCAACUCUUCGGACUUGGACAUCUGCUCCCGUCCAGCGGACGCGGUAACCGUCCUCGGUCAAUAUCGUUACCCCAGCAAUACCACCCGCAACAGCUCUCGAUGUACAUACAACCUACCCACCAAUCUUCGAGCAUGUCGCACAUGUUGCCCCCGCAGCAACCUCAGCAGCAACAAAAGAUGGAGCACCUGCCUCCAAUCAUAACUUCCGCCCCAAUGGCCGUCAACGCACAGCAACAACUACCUUUUGCGGCUCCGGCCGCGGAGAACAACCCCCAAUGACGCGAACGUGGACAUUUCAUAGUUAUUUAUGCAUCUGAUAGACACUUCAAGAGCUGCUUCAUCCUUGUAUAUUUCUGCCCCUACCCUCCUCUCCUUGAUCACCUUUUAAUGUUGGAGGGCCCCUUUGGUUCUUUGUUCUGUUCUGGUUACGAGCCACUGAUGCCUGGCUCGUUUGUAUAUUAGAUGGCUUGACUUCCCGGUCUUAUUGUGCGAUCGGAAAGCGGAAAGUAGAUGGUUCUAAAAAGGAAUAGUUGAAUAAACCCGUUUCUAACACGUGACUCACAACUACUGUACUGUACAGUACCC